CUUUUUUGUAUUGUCUGUGCCUAAUAAUGAGGCAUGUAUCUACCGUUAUUAACAGAAAACAGGAACGCCAAACCCCCUCUGCUCAGAGAGAAACAGAGCAUGCGUUGAUGAUGGGAAGACAAUCGUCCUAGGUUGAAUUGUCUCCAUCUUCAAUCUCCCUUCAACUUUACUUCUCUCUCUCUCUCUCUCUCUCUCUCUCUCUCUCUCUCGCUCUCUCGCUCUCUCUCCAGCGCCAAUCAUGUCCGCGUCAACCGGCUGGCGAAACCUCGCCCCUCUGUUCCUGCUCUGUUUCCUCUGCCUCUUCUCCUCGGCCGUCACUGCCGACGAGCUCCACGCACUCCUGAACCUCACAACCACACUCCAAACUCCAAAUCCAGACCUGUUCUCUUCUUGGACGCCGAACAACCCACCGUGCCAAUUUGCGGGCAUCACCUGCAAUGUCAACGGGUCGGUGAUGGAGAUCGAUCUCUCAAACCAGCAGUUGGCGGGCGUGCUCCCCCUGGGAUCGAUCUGCGAGCUCAGGAACUUGGAGAAGCUCGCGCUAGGAUUCAACUCCUUGCACGGCACGCCAAUGGGCGAUUUGAAUGAUUGCGUUAAGCUACAGUACUUGGACCUUGGAAACAAUUUCUUCUCAGGAUCGGUCCCAGACAUCUCGUCUCUUCGCGAGCUGCGUUAUCUGUACUUGAACAAGAGUGGGUUUUCCGGGGCUUUCCCGUGGAGUUCCCUCAAGAACAUGGCGGAUUUGAUCGUCUUGAGUGUCGGAGACAAUCCCUUCGAUAGGACUCCUUUCCCUGAAGAAAUAGGAAGCCUUUUGAAGUUGAAUGUGCUUUACAUGACGAAUUGCAGCAUCGAAGGGCAAAUCUCACCGGUUAUCGGAUAUCUCAUUGAGCUCGAAAGCUUAGAGCUUUCACUUAAUAAUUUGACCGGUGAAAUACCUAAAGAGAUUGGAAAUUUGGUGAAACUCUGGCGACUCGAGCUCUAUGGCAACAGUUUGACCGGAAAGUUCCCUGUCGGAUUCAGAAACCUCAUCAAACUUGAGUACUUAGACGCGUCGAUGAACUAUCUCGAGGGCGAUCUGUCUGAACUGAGAUCCUUGACAAACAUAGUUUCUUUGCAGCUAUUUAAGAACCAGUUCUCUGGGGAAGUACCAAUGGAGUUUGGCGAGUUCCAGAAGCUUGUCAAUCUGUCCCUUUACACGAACAUGUUCAGUGGUUCUCUGCCUCAGAAGCUCGGCUCAUGGGCGAAGUUCAUUUACAUAGAUGUCUCGGAGAAUUUCUUGGAGGGUACGAUCCCACCAGAAAUGUGCAAGCAGGGGACGAUGACGAAGCUUCUCGUGCUUCAGAACAGCUUCUCUGGUGAAAUCCCAGGGGCUUACGCGAAUUGCUCGAGCCUGACACGCUUUCGGGUCAGCAACAACAGUCUCUCGGGUGUUGUUCCUGCUGGUAUCUGGGGACUGCCAAAUGUGGACGUGAUUGACAUCUCUUUGAACCAGCUUGAAGGGCCAAUCACCUCUGAUAUUAAGAAUGCCAAGGCAUUGACUCAGUUACUAGUUGGAAAUAAUCGCUUGUCGGGUAAGUUACCGGAGGAGAUUUUGGAAGCUGAAUUGCUGGUUAAAAUCGACUUGAGUUACAAUCAACUCUCCGGGAGAAUCCCGGUGAGUAUCGGCGAAUUGAAAAGUUUGAGCAGCCUCUAUGUGCAGGAUAAUAUGCUUUCUGGUGCCAUACCCGAGUCACUGGGCUUGUGUGUUUCACUAAGCAACCUUAACAUGGCUCACAAUUCGCUGUCCGGUAAAAUACCAUCGUCUCUUGGAUCUUUGCUGACUCUGAACUCUCUGAAUUUGUCCGACAACGAACUCUCGGGACAGAUUCCGGCAAGUUUAUCUUCCCUAAGACUAAGCCUUCUCGAUCUCUCCAACAACCAUUUGACUGGCCGUAUCCCACAAUCUCUCUCGCUCGAAGCAUACAAUGGAAGCUUUUCCGGAAAUCCCAGCCUAUGCACCGCCACAAGGAUCGGUUCCUUCAAGCAAUGUUCGUCUCAUCCGGGCACAUCGAAGAUCAUCCGAACCAUCGUGAUUUGCUUCCUUAUAGCUUCAGUGCUACUACUGACAUCCCUGGCAUGCUUCAUUUGCAUCAAGAACAGAGACAAGGAUGGAGACAGAAAGUCAAGAGAAGAGUCCUGGGAAGUGAAGUCGUUCCACACAUUAACCUUCACCGAGGAUGAGAUUCUUGAUUCCAUAAAGCACGAGAACCUCAUUGGAAAAGGGGGUUCCGGGAACGUGUACAAGGCGAAACUCCCUAGCGGUCAAGAACUCGCCGUGAAGAACAUCCCAAAGGCGGAGUCUAGUACCCAGAGAAGGAACCUCAGUACUAGCCCAAUGCUAGGUAAGGGCGGCAAAAAAUCCCGAGAAUUUGAAUCCGAGGUCCGCGCAUUGAGCUCGAUUAGGCACGUCAAUGUGGUGAAGCUGUACUGCAGCAUCACCAGCGAGGACUGGAGCCUGCUCGUUUAUGAGUAUCUCCCCAAUGGCAGCCUGUGGGACAGGCUCCACUCUUCCGGGAAGUCGGAGCUGGACUGGAAGACGCGGUACUGGAUCGCGGUCGGGGCGGCCAAGGGACUAGAGUAUUUGCAUCACGGGUGUGAGAGGCCCAUGAUUCACCGCGACGUGAAGUCGAGCAACAUCUUGCUGGAUGAGCUCAUGAAGCCCCGGAUUGCUGAUUUUGGGCUUGCCAAAAUCCUUCAAGCCGAUCGUGGCGUCAAAGAUUCCACACAGGUCAUAGCAGGAACACCUGGUUAUAUUGCCCCUGAGUAUGGAUACACGUCCAGGAUCAAUGAGAAGAGCGAUGUCUACAGUUUCGGGGUGGUCCUGAUGGAGCUUGUGACGGGGAAGAGGUCGAUAGAGCCGGAGUACGGGGAGAACAUGGACAUCGUGAGCUGGGUCUCGAGCAACUUGAAGUGUAGAGAGAGCGUGAUGCGCCUGAUGGACCCAAGGAUCGUGCAAGAUCACACACGGGAGCAAGCCAUCGAGGUGCUGAGGAUCGCAAUUCUGUGCACGGAGAGGCUUCCUUCGCUCAGGCCCACCAUGAGACGCGUGGUUCAGAUGCUGGAGGAAGCCGAGCCGUGCGGACCAGUCGACAUUGUCGUCGAGAAAGAUGGCAAGUUCGGCGUGGAGAGUGGGAAAGGCUGACCGAGAUGUACAACUAAAUAGGAGGAGUGGGGUAUUAGCCGAUGCCCGAUGCCGACCGAGCGAGACAUCGAACUCCCGGGACGAAGGUGAGGGCUCCAUAUCGCCGGGAGCACCCGAUGCUUGCUUCGGAACCCGAACAUCAUGGGAUGGAAUGUCGGAGACCGGACAAACGGAGAGAAACUGUUGUAUAGGAGCAUUUUCAGAUUGUAUUGUAUGGGAACUUCAAUGUAAAUGUGGAAACUGUUCGUUGUUCUCUUUUCAGGCAAGAAUUUCCCAAAGUCGUGGUCAAUUUCUUCAUUAA